ACAGGAGAUGUUUGAUUGCGAGGGCGAUGCAUAGCCUCGUUUUUGAAACGCAUAUCUGGCCUGGCCUAGACACAGCACCACGGUGAUCUUGUGAGUUUCAAAACGACCCUAUAAUUCUGGCAAUAGGAAGAGCAGCAUGGAUUCAAAACGACGUCUUGCACUUGCAAUAGUUAAACAUUUAAAGACUGAGAUAAUCAGUGGCACUCAUUCUGACGAGAUCGGAGAGAGCCUUGAAGUUGCAGUUCAGUGUCUAGAAGAAGCAUACAACAUUAAAUCAGACAAAGAUAUAUCAGGACUAGAUUGUGGAAAAUCACUUAUGGACAUUUUCAGUGAUGGUCUUAAGGCACCAGAAGCAUCAGUAUCUCAAAAGGCAAUUGCUGAACAACUAAAAAUUGAAGGCAAUGACCAAAUGAAAAGUGGAUUGUAUCAAGAAGCUGUGGAUACAUACACAAAAGCAAUUCAAGUCGAUUCAAACAAUGCAGUUUAUUAUUCAAAUAGGGCAGCUGCAUUUACAAAACUUGGUGAAAACCAAAAAGCGAUUGAUGACUGUAAGGUAGCAGUUGGGAUUGAUCAAAAUUUCAGUCGGGCAUAUGGUAGAAUGGGCCUUGCCCAAAUGAACAUAGACAAAUUUUCUGAUGCAAAAGAAAGCUACAAAAAGGCGUUAUCCUUAGACCCUGAAAAUUCUGGCUACAAACAAAACCUCGAUAUAAUUGAACAGAAACUAGCACAAAAUAGAGGUGGUGCUGCUCCAGGUGGAUUCCCUAAUCUGGGUGGGCUAGACAUCGGCUCUUUACUUUCGAACCCUGCUGUAAUGAACAUGGCACAGAGUUUCAUGCAAAACCCACAAAUGCAACAAAUGUUUUCAAACAUGAUGGGUGGAGGCGGCGCUGGUGGACCUGAGGUACCCGAACAAAGUAAUGCAAACCCCGGAACUGGCCAGCCUCCAUUUAACUUCCAAGAUAUCGUCGGAGCAACCCAAACGUUUGCAGAGCAGAUGCAACGAGAUAACCCUGAGCUUACCGAACAAUUAAGGAGUCAGUUUAAAGGUCCAAACCCUGACUCAGAGAAAGAAGACAAGUGACGGAAGUAGAAAGACGUCACAAUGUGUGUCACAAUAACAACAGUUUCGAACUAAGAACUCUUCAAAUACUCGAUAAUAAAACAGUGUUAUAUUUUGAAUACAAGCCGUUUAGUUUCUUCUUUGCACAAAUACUUUUAAGUAAGCACAUUUCUUUUACAUCUAUGCUUACAGCCGCUUUUGAGAAAUUAUGGAAGGCAGAAUGUUAGAAUAUCAGUACAUAUUAGUGAAAAUUUGAAGUUAGUGAAAAAAUUAUAAGCUGUUAUUACGUGACUCAAAAUACUGAAGAUAAAAUUUUGAAAGAAACUCUCGUCCUAUUUUAAUUGAAAAUUUAAUGUUCAUUCUAGAAUUCUUUGUCUGUUUA